CUAUGCUCGAUACUCGUUGAUGUAAAACGAAGUCGGUUAGAUUCAAAUCGUCUAACUGUUUGUGGUCGGACCUUGUCCAGCAUUUGAGACGUAGUUAUUGUGUUAUCAUUGUAACCUUUUUUUGGCAAGGAAUGGAUAAAUUCGAGUGCAAAGCGCCGAUGUAUGUGAAUUUCGUACAAUCAUCAAGUUUGGAUAAUAAUGAUGGUGCAGACAAAUUCUUUGACUUCUUUACUGAUGAACAUGAACAACGGAGUGGUGAGCCUAAGGAAGAACAAUCGGAUGUUGAAGAUACUCUGAACUUAGCAAUGAAAAAUCUUUGGAUGGCAUCUGAUAGGAAGAAUACAUCAGCGUUGUAUGGGAACGGUGCUGUGUCUGCGACAAAAGUUAAGGUGUCUGAUGUGCUCAGCUCAUGCAGUGCCAAAAGGAAAGGGUCGCCAAUGACUCAGAAUUGUCAGCCAGCAAAAUUCAUCAGCAUGGCUGAAGCGGUAUGUCGGUUCCAGACUGAUACUCCAAACCGCUUCCAUUCAAAGCCUAGAACAGUUAACCCAAAUGUAAGUCUGCAACAUAGGAAGGGCAACACAAUGAAGAAGAAUUCAACUGUUCCUUAUUCUCCAAAUUUGAGGUCACAUUUGCGAUCCCGUCCAGUCCACAUCAUGACCAAAGAGGAAGAAGAAGAAAAGGAAGCAGAUGAAAUGAGAACAUUCAAAAUAAAGGCCAAUCCUUUGAAUCCAAAAAUUCUGGAACCUCCAAAACUCGGCAUAAGAGUAGAGAAGAAGCCGCCAACAGUACCGGUGCCUUUCAAACUGACAGAAAUAGUGAAAAAGAAGACCAUCAUGGCUCCGCCAUUAUACACUUUCACCGCAAAACCAGUUCCGAAGGAAGUUUUGGACGGACCUCAGGGCGCUUCAAAGAAGAGAGAAUUAUCAUCAACUGAGUCUGUUUCACCUGCCUGCGUGAGGAAAUCAAAGGUGUAUGCUGUAUCUCUGGAUGUAAGUAAUGCCAUGUAAGGUCCUUGGGGAAUG